AUGCUGUACCAACUUGCUUGUCUAUUGGUUCUGUUAUUUGCCAGUGAUAGGUCUUCCCUCAUUCCAAACGUCAAUGCGCAAGGAUGCACAAAAGAUAUGAGCUGGACAUCCGGACAAAGUACAUUCGGUAGUGAAGUACUUGGUGAUAGCCUUACGCUUUAUAACAAUGUCUGGGGAGCCAGCUCGGCGUUGUCUUCUAGUUCUCAAAGUGUUAAAUGCAAGUCAUACUCGGCAGGAACAAUCAGCUGGUCUACCACGUUCGACUUCACUUCGAGCAGCUCAAGUUUGGAUACUCAGGUGAAAUCUUACUCUAAUGUGGGUUGGGCUGGCACACCAGUCAAGAUAUCAAGCUUGAAAAAAUUCUCCACUUCAUGGAGCUGGAGUUUGAGCGCAGCAUCAUCUAAUUUAGUCGCCGAUGUGUCUUUGGAUAUCUUCACCUCUUCUUCUGCCAGUUGCUCAGGACAAUCGGGAGGAUGUGCAACUCAUGAGAUCAUGAUAUGGUUAACCACAAAAGGGGGUGCAGCUCCUGCUGGUUCAAGCACAGGAAAAACUGUGACAGUCGGAAGCUAUUCAUUUGAAGUUUGGACAGGUGUAGUAGGUGUACCAGUGAUUUCUCUUGUCCCGACCGGUGGAAAGUCGUAUACAAAUUUCAAUGCCGAUCUUAUCUCACUUUUUUAAACUGGCUUGAAAAGCUUUGGACUCAGUAAUGCUGAGUACGGAAUGCGAGGUGUGUCAAAGUGA